AUGCAUAAUUUACAUGAGCACUCGUCAAUCCUAGGAACAAAAUGCUUCCUUGUGUUUUGGAUACUAGUGCCAAUCCUAGGAGCACUCGUCAUUCUCUCUAUAUGCGCAGGGAUAUUUACCUACUGCCUUCGGAAACAAAAACAGAAAAAUAGAAAGAACAACUCAGAUGCUGAAACUGGAGAGACUUUGUCCAUCUUUUGCUAUGAUGGCAAAAUCAAAUACCAAGAUAUCAUCCAAUCCACAAACGGAUUUGAUCCAAGAUACCUGAUCGGAAUCGGAGGAUACGGCAAUGUCUACAAAGCAAACCUCCCAAGUGCAAUCGUAGCCGUUAAAAAGCUACACCAGACGAUGGACGAAGAGAUGUCAAAGCCAGUGGUGAAUCAAGAGUUCCUAAACGAGGUAAGAGCGUUAACAGAGAUCCGUCACCCCAACGUAGUGAAGCUCUUCGGCUUCUGGGCCCACCGCCGCCACACUUUCCUGAUUUAUGAGUACAUGGAAAAAGGAAGUUUUAAAAAAAAUUUAGCUGACGACAUAGAAGCGAAGCAUCUCAACUGGACCAAAAGGAUCAACAUCGUGAAAGGUGUGGCUUAUGCGUUACCGUAUAUGCACCAUGACAGCUCAACUCUGAUCGUCCACCAUGAUAUUAGCAGCGACAACAUCCUUCUGGAUAACGAUUACGAAGCUAAGAUCUCCGAUUUUGGCACAGCGAAGCUUCUCAAAAUAGAUUCCUCCAACUGGUCCGCCGUUGCCGGAACCUACGGCUACGUCGCUCCAGGUAAAUCUAAAAUCAAUGAAACUAAAAUCCCUAAAUUCGAAGUUAAAAUUUGA